ACCAAAAUUCUCAGCAAGAACGAAGAAAGACGAAAUAUUCGCAGGUCAAAGCUUGGUGUUGAGUUCUCUUCUAUCUUUCUCAUGGAGACGAGCUCUAACUUGUCUUCCAUGGUUCGUCUUAACAUUGGUGGAAAGAAAUUUUGUACGACCAUUGAUACUUUGACUAUUCGUGAGCCAGACUCAAUGCUCGCAGCGAUGUUUAGUGGUCGACAUGCAAUGUGCCAGGAAUCCAAAAAGGGAUAUGUAUUCAUAGAUAGGGAUGGGAAGCACUUCCGUCAUAUUUUAAAUUGGUUGCGUGAUGGCGUUAUUCCUAGUCUGUCAGAUCCUGAUUGUUCUGAACUUUUGCGGGAAGCAGACUACUAUCAGCUUCUUGGACUGAAAGAUGGAAUAAAAGAUUCGAGAAAAGAAGUUGGUGAAGUAGAAGCUGAAUUAACGCGUAUAGAUAUCAUCAAAUGUAUACAAACCGAAAGAGUCAGGUUCCGAGGAGUUAAUCUUUCUGGAAUCGAUCUUUCUAAACUGGAUCUAUCCCUUGUGGAUUUCAGCUAUGCUUGUCUCAGGAAUGUGUUUUUCUCUCGUACAAAUCUUCAAUGUGCCAAAUUUCGGAAUGCUGAUGCAGAAGGCUCCAUCUUUCACAAUGCUAUUUUGCGCGAGUGUGAGUUUACCAGCGCAAAUCUUAGAGGAGCGUUGUUAGCUGGUACAAAUCUUCAGAGUGCAAAUCUACAAGAUGCCUGCUUAGUGGGCUGCAGCUUCUGUGGUGCAGAUCUCCGCACUGCACACUUGCAGAAUGCAGACCUUACGAAUGCCAACUUAGAAGGAGCAAAUCUAGAAGGUGCAAAUUUGAAGGGUGCAAAGUUGAGUAAUGCCAACUUCAAAGGAGCAAACCUUCAACGAGCUUACUUGAGGCAUGUGAAUCUGCGAGAAGCGGUAAGUCCAAAACCAAUACUUGGGUAUUGAAAAACAUACAUGCGCAGAUUGAUUGAUAUAGGCCAGUAAUUGGUUGGCUCUUAUACAAGUUUCUGAGUAGAGUUUAAAUGGUUAAUCCUUGCGAUAUGUUUAUGUAACAGCAUAUGGAAGGAGCAAACCUCGGUGGUGCUAAUAUGACCGGUGCUAUCCGAUAAACUCCAUUUGUUCAGACUGACUGUAAGUCUCGUCUUUGUAACUGAUUAUGGCAAAACGUGAAUGUAUUGGCCAUUUCUCAAUGCUCCUUGUUGUUGAAAAUUGAAAUAACAAAAAUAUUUCUUUUUUUCUAAGAGGCAUUUUUUCUAA